GCACGUGAAGGAUUGAAGCAAUAUCACGCUGUUCAAUCGCUAUUUACUAUUGAUGGUUAUGUAGUUACGACUUUGUUUAAUUUAUUACUGAAUUGAUUGACAAAAUGGUUUACAAUAAUAAACACAAGAUUAUUUUGCAAACAAUAAUCAAUGAAGGCGCUUUGAGUGAAAAAUGUGGCAAGAAAUUGGUUAAACAGUUAUUUGAUCAUGAUAGAACAGGGCUAAUACUAAACGAAAUAAAUAAAAAGUUGCAACCAUUGUAUAUGACCAUAAAAUGUACAAAUUGCGAAGUUACUGGUGAGCUAUAUUGGGUUUUUGCAAGUACAUUGCAAGAUAAAACUGCUAGCUACCAUCCUGAAUUUUCACAAGCUCAAUUAACUCUUUUGCGUAACAUAUAUUCUGAAAUUGUUACUUCUAACAAUGGUUAUGCAUCAAGCACAUGGUGUCUUAAUUUAUGUUCAUCAUUACAUAUCCAAUUAACCAAAGCUGAUGCUGAAGAAUUUUUAUCCGAAAUAGUAAAAAAGAAAUGGUUAUUUUGCAAGAAUGGUAAAUACUUUAUGGGAGUAAGAAGUAUAGCAGAGUUACUACAAUAUUUUAAAGACACAUAUGAUGAUAAUCUUCACACUUGUGCUUUAUGCAAGCAAGCACUUUUUCAUGGUGAGAAAUGUGAGGAAUGUAAUACUGCAAUGCAUAUUCAUUGCCUGAAGACUUGUGUGACAAAUCAAGAUGAUUUACAGUGCCCCAAUUGUCAAAAUCCUAUAUCAUCCAAUAAUGACUCAAAUACUGUAACGGAUCUUGAUGAUACAUAUAUGGAGACAAGUGAUACUGAGAUGAGAGGUUCUAGUCAGAGAAGAGCAACAAAAAGGAAACUUAAGGAUUAAUACAUAUGGCAUUAUUUAAUUCAUUCCUUACAAACAACCAUUUUGGAUUUAAAAUAAAGACUCUGUUUAUUUUUAUAUACAAAACUAUAUGUACUAAACAAUACUAUAAUACAAAUUUUAUUAUCCUUA